CCCGACUCUCCAACACCACAACUUCCACCCUUCAACCCAUCUACUACGCCACUCGUACUACCAACUCCAGCGGUAAAUCUUCUCGCCUCAUUAUAAUCAUCUUCUCGAAGCUAUUGAAUGUAGUCGCCUUUGUAGUGUCGAUAGAACAUUCAUGUUCGGAUCCGGACACGCCGCUAGUGGGUUAUGGCGUCGAAUUACCGUGUUGGGCAGGUUUGGCAGAGUGUGGAUCUCAGCGGAUUGUUACUCUUUUGCUUCCACGCGGACUUGAUGCGGCGUUGCGUACGAAUGCUCCAGGGCUGUUUCGCAUGGUGUUGGCUGAUUUAUAGAAGAUCUUGUCCCUGCCUGUGCAAGUGAAUUUGGAAUUUUGAUGUAUGUAUAUGUUGCACUGUUGUACCUGUGUCUCUUACUUAAUCGCUUGUUCACGAGCUGUGAGCCAGGCUGUGCGCGCGUUAAUUCUAUUGUUGAAGCGAGAAGAGCAAUUAAGGAAGAAGGCUUGUUGUCGAUCCUUAAUAGUCUUCUCGAAAUACUACUACAAAGCGUGACAGCUUGUAUCAAGCGGGUGUUGUGUCAUGAUUUGGUACUGUGAAUUGCGAAGUUCGCGUUGAGAUGAAUGUGAGAGACGGAACGCUCCUUCCUCUUUGAUGAGGAGAUAUGAUGCGACGCUGCCUAGGACACGAAGAAACGGAUACUGAAAACAGCUUCAAAGGCUUGAAGGUACAUUUAUAAACCCUGAGAUGACAGCGUAUCGUAGUCUUGCGGAAGGGAUUUGGGUGAAGUUGCUGCCCAAUCUUGGGUCGGACACUGCACGAGACUCAGGACACCUAGACAUCGGGAUAGUGGCGAGGUUGAAGUUGGAGUGCAGGCAGAUAGAACUUCCGUACAGUAGCUAUGCUUACUCAUCACCUAUAGGGAAG